AUGAUACUGGAAUUUCUCUUGCAUCAAUGUAAUCCUCAGGCCGUGACUAUCCUCUGGACAAAGAAUCAGCGUGCACGUAGGAAUCCGUUUCAGCCCAGCUCCGAUCAAUUCACCUAUGUUCCGCUGAUCCUACUGGAAAUCCUCUUGCACCAAUGUAAUCCUCAGGCCGUGACUAUCCUCUGCACAAAGAAUCAGCGUGCACGUUGGAAUCCGUUUCAGACCAGUUUCGAUCAAUUCACCUAUGUUCCGCUAAUCCUUCUGGAAUUUCUCUUGCACCAAUGUAAUCCUCAGGCCGUGACUAUCCUCUGGACAAACAAUGGUCCCCAUAGGACGCCGUUUCAGCCCAGUUUCGAUCAACUCACCUAUGUUCCGCUAAUCCUACUGGAAUUGCUCUUGCACCAAUGUAAUCCUCAGGCCGUGACUAUCUUCUGGACAAAGAAUCAGCGUGUACGUAGGAAUGCGUUUGAGCCCAGUUUCGAUCAAUUCACCUAUGUUCCGCUAAUCCUACUGGAAUUUCUCUUGCACCAAUGUAAUCCUCAGGCCGUGACUAUCCUCUGGACAAAGAAUCAGCGUGCACGUUGGAAUCCGUUUCAGCCCAGUUUCGAUCAAUUCACCUAUGUUCCGCUAAUCCUACUGGAAUUUCUCUUGCACCAAUGUAAUCCUCAGGCCGUGACUAUCCUCUGGACAAACAAUGGUCCCCCCCCCCAUAGGACGCCGUUUAAGCCCAGUUUCGAUCAAUUCACCUAUGUUCCGCUAAUCCUACUGGAAUUUCUCUUGCACCAACGUAAUCCUCAGGCCGUGACUAUCCUCUGGACAAACAAUGGUCCCCCCCAUAGGAAUCCGUUUCAGCCCAGUUUCGAUCAAUUCACCUAUGUUCCGCUAAUCCUACUGGAAUUUCUCUUGCACCAAUGCCGUGACUAUCCUCUGGACAAACAAUGGUCCCUCCCCCAUAGGACGCCGUUUAAGCCCACUUUCGAUCAAUUCACCUAUGUUCCGCUGAUCCUACUGGAAAUUCUCUUGCACCAAUGUAAUCCUCAGGCCGUGGCUAUCCUCUGGACAAAGAAUCAGCGUGCACGUAGGAAUCCGUUUCAGCCCAGCUCCGAUCAAUUCACCUAUGUUCCGCUAAUCCUACUGGAAUUUCUCUUGCACCAAUGUAAUCCUCAGGCCGUGACUAUCCUCUGGACAAAGAAUCAGCCUGCACGUAAGAAUCCGUUUCAGACCAGUUUCGAUCAAUUCACCUAUGUUCCGCUAAUCCUACUGGAAUUUAUCUUGCACCAAUGUAAUCCUCAGGCCGUGACUAUCCUCUGGACAAACAAUGGUCCCCAUAGGAAUCCGCUUAAGCCCAGUUUCGAUCAAUUCACCUAUGUUCCGCUAAUCCUACUGGAACUUAUCUUGCACCAAUGUAAUCCUCAGGCCGUGACUAUCCUCUGGACAAACAAUGGUCCCCAUAGGACGCCGAUUAAGCCCAGUUUCGAUCAAUUCACCUAUGUUCCGCUAAUCCUACUGGAAUUUCUCUUGCACCAAUGCCGUGACUAUCCUCUGGACAAACAAUGGUCCCUCCCCCAUAGGACGCCGUUUAAGCCCACUUUCGAUCAAUUCACCUAUGUUCCGCUGAUCCUACUGGAAAUUCUCUUGCACCAAUGUAAUCCUCAGGCCGUGGCUAUCCUCUGGACAAAGAAUCAGCGUGCACGUAGGAAUCCGUUUCAGCCCAGCUCCGAUCAAUUCACCUAUGUUCCGCUAAUCCUACUGGAAUUUCUCUUGCACCAAUGUAAUCCUCAGGCCGUGACUAUCCUCUGGACAAAGAAUCAGCCUGCACGUAAGAAUCCGUUUCAGACCAGUUUCGAUCAAUUCACCUAUGUUCCGCUAAUCCUACUGGAAUUUAUCUUGCACCAAUGUAAUCCUCAGGCCGUGACUAUCCUCUGGACAAACAAUGGUCCCCAUAGGAAUCCGCUUAAGCCCAGUUUCGAUCAAUUCACCUAUGUUCCGCUAAUCCUACUGGAACUUAUCUUGCACCAAUGUAAUCCUCAGGCCGUGACUAUCCUCUGGACAAACAAUGGUCCCCAUAGGACGCCGAUUAAGCCCAGUUUCGAUCAAUUCACCUAUGUUCCGCUAAUCCUACUGGAAUUUCUCUUGCACCAAUGUAAUCCUCAGGCCGUGACUAUCCUCUGGACAAACAAUGGUCCCCAUAGGACGCCGUUUAAGCCCAGUUUCGAUCAAUUCACCUAUGUUCCGCUAAUCCUACUGGAAUUUCUCUUGCACCAAUGUAAUCCUCAGGCCGUGACUAUCUUCUGGACAAAGAAUCAGCGUGCACGUAGGAAUCCGUUUCAGACCAGUUCCGAUCAAGUCACCUAUGUUCCGCCAAUCAUCCUGGAAUUUCUCUUGCACCAAUGUAAUCGACAGGCCGUGACUUUCCUCUGGACAAAGAAUCAGCGUGCACGUAGGAAUCCGUUUCAGCCCAGUUUCGAUCAAUUCACCUAUGUUCCGCUAAUCCUACUGGAAUUUCUCUUGCACCAAUGUAAUCAUCAGGCCGUGACUAUCCUCUGGACAAACAAUGGUCCCCAUAGGACGCCAUUGAAGCCUAGUUUCGAUCAAUUCACCUAUGUUCCGCUAAUCCUACUGGAAUUUCUCUUGCACCAGUGUAAUCAUCAGGCCGUGACUAUCCUCUGGACAAACAACGGUCCCUCCCCCAUAGGACGCCGUUUCACACCAGUUUCGAUCAAUUCACCUAUGUUCCGCUAA